AUGAACCUGCAGUUGAUGUUUGACGGGAAUCAAAUCGACAGCUGAGACAGACAGAGGACAGACAGGCGGAGGACAGACAGACAGACAGACAGACAGACAGACAGACAUCAUCAGUGUUUCAACUUUAUCAGCUUGGACUUUUUCGUGCGGUUUGUUUCUUCUUUGCAGCCUCAGUGAUGAAGGAGGAGAAUUUCAAAGAGGAGGUGAUGAAGAUCAUGGAGGAAGCACCGAAUGCCAGAAAAGCUCUGCUGGAAAACUAUGACAACCUGCUGAACGUGGCCAAUUACUGCUACAACAACUACAUACAGUCAGGUGAUGGCAGCAUGAAGGCACUGGAGGAAACUAAGAACUUCACCACCCAAUCACUGGCCAGCGUCGCAUACCAGAUCAGCACUCUGGCCAGUAGCGUGCUGACUCUGCUCGAUGCUCAAACCAGUCAGCUCCAUCACAUGGAGUCUUCCAUCAACCUUAUUGGUCAGACGGUGGAGAUGCACAAAGAGAAAGUUUCUCGGAGAGAAAUUGGCGUCUUCACAGCGGUGAGACGAGUCCCGCGCGGCCACAAGAUCGUCCCUCCUCCUCAACCUCCUGCCGGUACACAGCCCCGCCCACCGUACAACCGGCGACCAAUCAACUACCAGCAGCUGGACGGUCUGGGCCACGGCGUAAAGGUCCCUGGGAAACAGACGGACCGAACCGGAACGAUCCGUAAACUUGGAGCCUCCAUCAGAUCCACCAAACCUCCAGAGGCGGUCCAGUGCCCAGUGGCGCCCCCUGUCAGCAGCUCUAGUUUUGGGAAGCCUGUAGCUCCACCCACCAUCCCCACCACCUGUCACGCUCCACCUGAGUGUGACAUCAUCACCACUCUGUUGGAUGACACCCCGCCACCUCCUCUUCCUCCUCCAACAGCAAAUGAAAUACCGGCUCUGGAUGAUGAGGUCACCGACACCUCGACCCUGCCUUCUCCACCUCCUCCUCCUCACUCAUCAGGAGAAAUGGUGGCGCCGCCCCCUCCACCCCCACCUCCUCCACCCCCUGCUUCAGAAGCUCUGACCAAUCCCAGUGCUUCGCCGCCAGCUCCGCCCCUCAGCCUUGAGACAGUGGUGGAGGAGAGCAGCUUCCCCCCUCCCUCACCUCCUCCUCCCCCUCCUCCCUCUGAUGAUGACGGCUUCCCUCCGCUGCCCAAUGACGGCUCAGAACUGGCAGCCCCGCCCCCUCCACCUCCACCCAGCCAGGAAAUAGAGGUGACCCUCCCUUCCAGGAGGAGUCGACGCCGUUGCUCACCCCCCGCCACUCGCUCUCUGUCUCUGAGGGUCCGCUGUGGCCCCGCCUCCCGCUGCUGCUACACGCGCUCGCUCUUCCUGCCUGCUGUCCAAUCAUUGAUGAUCCCCCCUCCUCCCCCUUACCCUCCCCCCCAUGCUCCUACCCUCCCCUCUUCCUCUUCCUCUUCCUCACCUCGGCUCUGUUUACCUGCUCGCCUCGAACACCUCGAUCUGGAGAUCCCAGCCCCACCCCCUCUUUUCCUAUUGGACACUGAGGGUGGUUUUGAUGACAUCGUGCCACCCCUCCCUCCACCAGUGGACUAUGACACCAGUGCCCCCCCACAGUACCUGGAGAAAGUGGUGGCGCUCUACAACUAUGAGGCCUCGAAGCCCGACGACCUGUCGCUCACUGAAGGUGACAUCAUCUACCUGACACAUCGCCAUGAUGACGGCUGGUGUGAGGGGGUGCUCAACAGCAACAGAGGCUUCUUCCCCAAAAACUACGUCCAAUCGUGUGGCUAGACUGAAGCCCCGCCCCGUCUCUGAGGCCCUGCAGUGUGUGUGUCUGUUUGUUUAGUGUUGCCAUGGAGAUUCGACAAGUGUUACUGUCAGAGUUAUUGGCUCUCUCUGCUGCCCCACAGAGGUAAAACACAGUAACUACAAGUUCAGUCAAACGUACACAGUCAAAAACUGAAAAUAAGAUCCCAUUAGAGCUGAAAUGAUCAGUCGAUGUCAAUGACUCUGAUCGAUCGAUUAAUGCUGUGAGUCUGCUGUGAGAAACAUUCGUUUCAAUAUCGUCAAGUUUUCUUUGUUUUUUGUGAUUUGACUUCUGGACUUUUGUUUCAAAGAAUCAAAGAGUUUAAAUUUGUCAACUUGGGCUCUGGAAAAAAUGUAUAAUCAGCAGAUCAUUUGAUAAUACAAAUAAUCAUUAGUCCCACUUCACUGCUGAUGAAUUUAUUACAUGAAUUGAAAAUAUAAAUCAGCCUUUUACUGAA